AUGCUGGAGGAGUCGCAUAAUGAUCAGGAGGGCGCCAGACGCUACCCACGCCGUCAGCGGCGCCCGAACCAGCCGUUGAAAUUAGCGGACCCAAGAAAGAAGAAAAAGAAAACCGCCCGAUCGACUCCUAUAGAAAAAGAGCCUCUUCCUGGUCCAUCCGGCAUAUUGGCAACAAAGGAGAUAGAAGGAAGCGGCCACAACGUUCGAUUCGAUGGGAUCGUGAAGUAUCGACUGGUGCCCCGACGAGCCGACGCGAUACCUGGGAAAGUUGCUGUCUCUGUUAAGGAUGACACUUACUACAUACCAUUCACGCUGCCCGAUUUGGUCGAUCCAGUCUAUUCGCACGAGGAUCCGCAUGGGGUCGAGAGAGGAGUUGGCCCUUUCCUCGUUGAAUUUUCGGCGAAGUUGCACGACAGCCCUGAUAACCCGCUGAAGACCCAAAUCAAGGAAGGCUCACAACCCGCAACGAAGAAGCUCGGCGACACAAAAGCGACAAAUGCGUAUACCACGUCGAAGGAAAGAGCCCAGCGACCGUGCAGAGGAAGUGUGUUUCCAGCCGCAGCAAGGCAAGGUGCGAGCAAAAUGGGCACAAAAACUCAAAAGCAGACGACCUCGGAGAAGGUCAACGAUCUCGAAGCGGACACAGAUGUCGACUCCGCAGAUGAAUCCAACGCCCCGGACCACACGUUGCCAUCGACGAUAGGCCUAGAUUUCCAGGUGCUCGAGACUCUGCCCACAUACUUUGAUCAACGCUUGUUGCUUGAGCUU